GUCUUCCUGAAAGUUAGUAUCAUGACCUUGACUAAGGGCUCAUUCACUUACUCUAGUGGAGAGGAAUACUGUGGGGAAUGGAAGGAAGGGCGUCGACAUGGAAUCGGACAAUUGACUUUUGCUGAUGGCAGCAUUUAUGUUGGACAUUUUGAAAAUGGUCUCUUCAAUGGAUAUGGAGUGCUCAGUUUUGCAGAUGGUUCCAGAUAUGAGGGGGAAUUUAUGCAGGGAAAAUUCAACGGUGUUGGAGUCUUCACACGCUAUGACAACAUGAUCUUCGAGGGAGAAUUCAAGGGUGGACGGGUUGAUGGCUUUGGACUUUUGACUUUUCCUGAUGGCUCUCAUGGGAUACCCCGUAAUGAAGGCUUUUUUGAAAACAACAAACUCUUGCGACGGGAAAAGUGCCAGACAGUGGUCCAACGUGCACAGAGUGCCUCCAAGAUGGCACACAGCUUGACAGCAUAAAGGGCAUAAAUUCUACAAUAAUACAGGGCUUUCUUAUGACUGGCAGCCUAACCCAGAGGUUGGUAAGAGUGUGGAGUACAAAAUUCACAGAGGCAAAUACUAUCUCUAGGAUGCAAACUAUCAUAACUGAAUCCUGCUUGCCUUUAUCAUUUCUUUAAGCAGCCUGGCCCCUAUAAUGUGAACUGGUGCCAAAACUCAGCCAUGAAGCCUAUGUCUCCUGUCAGUAUCACAUCCAAGAUCAUAGCAUUUCCUUUGUCAGAAGCAUUCUCCCUUAGACAGAUUGCUAAUCCUAUAACCCCACAACUGAGUUGGUACAAUCCAUCCAUC